GGCUGCUUUGUGUUUUCACUUGUACGUGCGUUACCGGCGUGCCCACGCUGUGAGGAGCAAGCCCUAGACCGCUGCUACUGCGGCGCGCCUCUGGAGGUUGCGUCAAACCGCUGCAGGCAGCACCCACACUGCCCGAGCUGGGGCCACAUAUUUGUCUGCAGCCCGCAGCACGCCGGAGGUUGCCAGACGUGCAGCAAUACGCGCCCGCCGCCGCCGCGAACGCGUCAAAAAAUGAAGAAAAAGGCCUCGCAGCGCGGCUCCCUCCGCCUCACGUCGGACAAGGCCGAGCGACUGCGCGCGUUCCGCGAGGCGCCCGCCGACGACGGCCGCCGCCCGCGACCGGAGCCGGCGCACGUCGUUUUGGCAAGGGCGCAGGCCGCCGAGGCCGAGCGCCUGCGACGCGCCCGCGCGCCCAAGGCCGAAGCCAGCAGCCGCGCGCUCACGGUCAAAGACGAGCCCGCAAAAGAGGAGCCGUCGCAGGCCCUCGUGGCUAUUGACAACGAAGCCAAGGCUAGACGAGAAGCGGAACGGAAGGAAGAGAGACGAAAGAAAAAGGAGCGCGAGCUUUUCGCGCCCGAUGCCAAGGGCGAGACGGCCCUGCACCGCGCCGUCCUCGCGGGCGACUCUACGGAAUUGCGACGGCUCCUAGGCCUGCCUUCCUGUAGAGUAGACUGCCCGAAUUUUUAUGGAGAUGCAGCGAUCCACGCCGCGGCUCAAUUAGGACACAUCGAGAGCCUGACCAUCCUCAGAGAUGCAAAUGCACAAACUGAUAGGAGGAACCGCCACGGCCUGACGCCACUGUGCCUCGCGGCGUCGAAGGGCCACAGCCAGGCCGUCGUGAUCAUCGCCCAUAAUUUGACCAAGAGGGCCAUUAACGCGUAUUGCGGGGGCUACACCGCUUUACAUUGGUGCUGCGUGACGGGUAUCGACGCGGCCUGCGGCUUCCUGGCGAAGAAGGGCGCCGACGCGUCACUACGGGCCGAGCCCGACGGCGAGACGUGUUUGUAUAAGGCCGCGACGUACUCCCACACGCCGUGCGUCGACAUUUUGCUCGAUGCUGGUUGUGAUGCGAACGCGACGAACAGCGACGGCGCCACCGCAUUGCUAGCCUGCGCCGCGUCGGGCGACUACGCGUCGCUGGACUUGCUCAUAGCGCGCGGCGGCGACGUCCACAAAGCGGAUCUGUCGGGCCGCACACCUCUGGGCGUCGCGGCCCAAAAGGGCAAUCUGUCCUGCGUGUCGCGCCUCGCCGCCGCCGGCGCGUUUUCAUCAUCAACGACGCCCGCCGGCGACACGCUCGUCGACCGCUUCCUCUACAAGUUGAGCUUCCCCUUCGCGAAGAAGGAGGGGUCCGAGGACGUCGCGCCGGGGGGCUGUACUGGGUGA